AUGACGGAGAAUUUCGGCGUCCGCGUUAACCUGAAUCUGGACUUCAAAGAUCAGAUUGUCCGAGUGGUCCGAUCCUUCAAUACGCUCAUUAACACCAUCUUUCGCUACGACGACUCCGACCUCCGCAUUCUCACGCAGGUCUGCAAGAUCGAUCUCCUCGACGCCUUCUUCAACAUUAGAGCAAUCAACCAGCGAAGUGGAGGCUACACCUCACCGGAUUUGUCGCCAACGCCGAAGCCGAAUCCUCGUGCCACCCAGGCCCGCCAGGGUCGGACUCUUGAGCCCCAAGUUAAAGCUGAGUUUCGUUCCAUGCAUUCAGAGGAGAGUCAACACGUGAUUGAAGAUCCAGUACACGAUCUCAAAACCCCUGGAUACGUCGAGGGAGGUGAUGCCGAGAACCCCGGAGACGUCGGGGUCACAGCGUCGCUUAUCGAAGGAACAGGCCCGCCAAUGGAAAUUUCCCGACGCAUGGACGUUGAGAGUGAAGUUCUCCCACCGGAAGAGAUCAAAUCCAAGACACUCCACUUCAAGAGACAGGAUAACGAAACUGUGGUUCUCUAUCGGCCCCGCAACCGUUCGCGUCAAGGAUACCAAAGGAGUAGGAUCCUUGUGCAGAAACCGUCCGGUGGUCGGAACCGUGAAAUCCACAAGGGCAAGUCUCUCUUCUACGAUAGCUCCGCCGAGUUACUCGGUGUGCCGAGCAGCCAAUCCCCAAUGGUGGUCCCGGUGGUGACGAAGGUACUCCCGGACAGUUGCGCGAAUCGGUCUUGCGUCGCUAAAGUCGAUGUAGGGGUUUCGGAUAUCGAGAGACCGCUCAACUUACUGUCCAAUUUGCCGGCAAUCGCUGACCUCGGAGGUCUUGCUUUCCUCUCGAAACUGGCGAAUCUAUCCUAUUUAUUGAACGCGACCAACAUGGAGACGCACGACCCUCAACCAACCAGGUCGCCGACGAUGCAGACAUCUGGCGAUGCCAAUAUCCGAUUGGCGGAGAGCAAAUUCCACCAAGAGGAAAACUCUGAUCUUCUUUCCGCGGAAAACACAACCCGCGAAGUGGAAGGUCGGGAUCGAGGCAGCAAUGCAAGAUCGCUCUUCAAACUGCUCGGAGGAGGGGGGAACGUGGGUGUGGGGGGCGCGACCCAGAUGUCUGCUCUCAAUGCGAGCACAACGGCGACCACCACAGCGACGAAAACUCCGGAGAAAGAGAGUAAAAUGUCCCCAUUCAGAUUCGGUCUCCAGCAGUUGUUCACACCGAGACUACCGAUGGCUUACAAUCCAAUGCUGGCCUACUCUCCCCAGUAUCCUCUGCUCUACCCAACCAGAUCGCCCCUCCUCCCGCUCUAUGCGGCAAACGGUUUGAUACCGACCAUGACCACGCGAGCUCCUCUCACGACCUCGGCUCCCUCCUCAGCGUCCAUCAUCGCUAGUCCAGAACCCAGAAAGUCUUGCUCGGGAGAAUGCAUCGACGUUUUCGCCGCUCUGAUGUGCGAUCAGGUCGAUGAAGAGGCUCAUUGCGAUCAAUUGACUCAAAGAUGCUGCGUCAAAGGUACGGAACAGGUGACGAAAUUCCUCAAACGUCAUGGUACCGUGGCAAGAACGAAGAAACACAAGAAAAUAAAGAAAAUUCGCCACAAAGAGCCUGCCGCGGAUCGUGAUCGUGUCGGGACAUCAACGCCGGCCCCGAAGGAAAACUCCAUCGAGGAAGGUGGUGUCAAAAUCGAAAUCGAAGAAGAUCAUAAACGACCAGAACGGCACCGAAUAUUUGUGCAUAGCACAACGAGUACUAAGAGACCCCAGAUGCAUAUCGCGUCUGGGAACGGAGUGUAUCAUGUCAUCGGUUCCAAAGACGUUUGGACAACAAGGUAUCCUGAAAUUCCGAAAUACGUGACCAUUGUGACAACCACCCGAAAACCUGCGAAGCAGUCAGCUACGCGCCGGAUGGAUGAAGCCGCUCCUACCGUGCACUACGAGUCGAACGAGAACGACGACACAUUCCAGGAAACGAGACCGGCAACGAAACGGAGGCAUCCGCAGAACCUCAAUGACGCCGAAUUAGAAAUGAUAGAAAGCCACGUCCAAGAAACGGAGAUUCCGUUCGAAGGAAGCCAAGCAAUAAAACAGGUAAACGAGACUCAAUCAGCGAACGCUAUUGAUACCGUGGCUGAAGCACCGCCGUGUCCAGGCAACUGCGUCCUGCCGAUAUUCAGCUUCUUCUGCGAUGCCCAACACAAGACCUCGUACGUCUGUCCCGUCGGACGGGUCUGCUGCGUUGGUACUCCUUCUGUGGAAGAGCAGAAGAAUAGCACCCGGACCGAAGAAGAGAGCAACACAAAUACCAACGCACUUCUCGAAGAUGAUCGGCACGACCAUAUCUGCGCGGGACGAUGCGUGCCCGUCUUCUUCCAGUACACUUGCAAGCAUCCCUUGCGCAUUACCGAUGACAUCUGUCCGACCGGCAGUCUCUGCUGCACAGGUAUCGGCAAGAAAGACGACGGCGAAGAGGAGCGAGAAGACGAGGAGUCCCAAACGGACCCGGAGACCCAAGACGACGACGAGGGCAAAAAAACAACCCAGGCCCAAGCCCAGAGUCAGAAGGACGCCGCCGAAGUCGCGAAGAAUAAGUUGAAUUUCUUGCACAGUAUCUUGACCACUGUCCUGAGCACCAAGAAACCGAAUAUCCAAAGUGCGCAAAAUUCCGCAAAACUCAAGCAGCGUCCCGAGGAGUACAUGCAAGCCGACGAAGAUCAGCUGCGACCUACCUACGUACAGGAACCAAAAUACUUCGCAGCGAGCGAGCAACUCGCCUCCGAGGAGUCAACGGACCCUCCCGAAGUCGUGAUCGAGCCCGCGAUUCCUCCCUCGAUGCCGACGGUGGACACGAGAUUCUCUCAGCUCGAACGGCCACCGAUGGUCACUCCGCCGUAUUCUCACCGUAGGCCAAUGCAUAACGUUCAUGGCAUGCCACCGGCGAUGCGGCAUCGGAACAAUCAUAAUUCACACAAUAGGAUUCCCUCCGGUGCCGUGGACGAAGAAAUGCUCGAACGGCAUUAUCCGAUCCGGAGUCGGUUCCAGCGACCGCAUCCCUACGGAAAUUUACCCCACAGAUUCCGAACAAUGCCCACGCGGCGACCGUACGACGAUUCCGAGGAGAUGAUGCCCACUGAGGAGCAUGCCAAUGAGGGUGCCCCAGAGACUACGGAAGAGACCCCGAUCGAGGACGAACGAGAGAAUUUCAGUGAGCUCAGACCGGACAUGAAUCGACACAGCCACAAGGACCAGCAUCGCGAAGUCGUCACGCCGGAAACGGAGAACCACGAAGUGUAUUCCCAAGCGAAUUCACAGGAGCAAGACGCCACCGAAGUCCAAAACUUCACGAGCCCCUUCCUCACCGAGUGGGCUCCGAGCGAUGUGAAUGCAGCUCGGGUGAAGGAGGUCAACUCUGCGAACUUGACCCUCGAGGAACGACCUUCCGAAGAUUCUCGGGGGGUGCAUCCGAGCUCCUGUGGCUUGAACGGAUUCCACAUAAAACGGUGGCACAGUAGAAACGAGGCGAAUCCGGGCGAAUGGUGUUGGCAGGCCGCGAUCGUGGACAGUGACGAUAAUCUGUUAUGUAGCGGAGCUGUCAUCGGAGCGCAGUGGAUCGCGACUUCGGCGUCCUGCGUCGCGAACUACACCGCGUCGAGCCCGCCGGAUCUCCGAGCCAAGAUCGGUUACGUCGACAUGGCGUCGGGUCCCGUCGGGUCCCAGACUAAAACGGUCUCAAUGGUCUACAGUCACCACAGCUUCAACGCACAAACACGGGAGAACGACAUUGCACUUCUUAAGCUUCACGACUUUAUCGACCUCAACGGCCUCGUGUGCGUGAUCUGCUUGCCUUCAACCCUUCGGCCGGAGGGCGCGAUGGAAGGCUGCACGCUGACAGCCUACCGGAAGGAAUCCCCCACAAAAUUCAAACUGACCUACGACCGCGUGAAUAGAGUCGACCUGCAGGUUUGCGGUGACUUGGCGUCGCUGAAGAACUCGACAGCUGAGGCCUCGGCCGGUCAGCGAACUAAGUUCUGCGCGGGCGAAAUGGAUCUCGCGGAGCGAACGGGCGCGUGCGAGCCAUCGAGUCUGGACGCCGAACGGAAGCCCAUCCUUGGACUCGGCAAUCCGCUGGUCUGUCGCGUGGACAACUUCUACCAGCUCAGCGGAAUAUCAAGCACCUAUCUGGGCUGUGAGCAGCUCGCGACACCGACUUACUAUACGAAUCUCGCCUAUUUCACCGGUUGGAUAAAUCAAAUCACUAAUGUUAAUCGAUACUCGUGA